GUGGUGGUGUCUGGAUAUGCUGAGAACGAUUUACAGGCUUACUGGGAGGAAGUAAUUGAGGAAUGUAAUUUGAGAGAAAAGCUUCAUUCACUUAAAGUUGAUCGGGAGAAGCUUCUCGCAACAUUAGCUUCCCUCGAUAAUGAGUUAGAAGCAGUCGCCAUCAAGUUAAAUACCCUUCCAGAACACAUCCUUG